AUGCACCACCCCACUCUGCUCGCCGCUGGCGCUGCCGUACUCUCGGCUUUGCCCGGCGCCCAGGCCGGCAUGUAUCCCAAGAGCUCUGCCGUGCUCCAAGUUGAUGCCAAAAACUAUGAUGACUUGAUCGCCAAGUCUAACUACACCUCGAUUGUCGAGUUCUACGCCCCGUGGUGCGGCCACUGCCAGAACCUCAAGCCUGCUUACGAAAAAGCGGCCAAGAAUCUCAACGGACUCGCCAAGGUCGCCGCCGUCGAUUGCGACGAGGAAGCCAACAAGCCUCUGUGCGGCCAGUUCGGCGUUCAGGGCUUCCCUACCCUCAAGAUUGUGAAACCAGGCAAGAAGCCCGGCAAGCCCGUCGUCGAGGACUAUCAGGGCCCGCGAACCGCCACCGGCAUUGUCGAGGCCGUCGUCGACAAGAUCAGCAACCACGUGAAGCGAGUCACCGACAAGGACAUUGACUCCUUCGUCGAGGGAGAUAGGCCCAAAGCUAUCCUCUUCACCGAGAAGGGUACCACCAGCGCCCUCCUCCGCAGUGUCGCUAUCGACUUCCUCGACGCAGUCACGGUCGGUCAAGUUCGCAGCAAGGAGUCAAAGGCAGUCGAGAAGUUUGGAGUCAAGUCAUUUCCUACAUUGGUGCUUCUGCCUGGUGGCGACAAGGAGCCUAUUGUCUACGACGGAGAGAUGAAGAAGGACGGCCUCGUUUCGUUCAUUUCACAGGUGGCCUCUCCGAACCCAGACCCUGCGCCCAAGGGCGACAAGAAGAAAGCGGAUAAGAAGACGGAGAAGAAGGCUGGGAAGAAGGCUGAGAAGAGCGAGCCCGCAUCCGCCCAGUCGAGUACCAGCACUGCGGCCGAUGAGAAGGCCACCCCCAAGGCCGAAACCUCUAACGAGACCCCCUCUGCUGAGCAGACCGCCCCUGCCGCCAGCGCUGUUCCUUCUCUGCCCGUCGCCGAUACCCCCGAGAAGCUCCAGGCCGAAUGUCUCAGUGCCAAGUCGCACACCUGCAUCUUGGCUUUUGUGCCGUCCAAGGAGAACGAAAAAGCCGAAAAGGCUCUUACCAGCCUAUCGGAGCUUGUUCACAAGUACGAACAGAGCCACCGCAAGCUGUUCCCUUUCUUUUCCGUGCCCAGCGACAACACCGCCGCCUCUACCGUUACCAAGGGUCUUGGUCUCACUGGUGACGUUGAGAUCGUUGCCGUGAAUGCCCGCCGUGGCUGGUGGAGACACUACGAAGGUGACUUCGAUGUUGUGAGCGUCGAGAGUUGGAUUGAUGCUAUUCGUCUGGGCGAGGGUGUUAAGCAGACGCUGCCCGAGGGUCUCGUUGUUGAGGAGGUCAAGACUGAGUCUGCAGAGGAGAGCACUGCCUCCACCGCAGCUACGGAACCCGUCCCCAAGUCGGAGACUGAGGCGCCUAAGGAAACGCCAUCCGAUGCCCACGACGAGCUGUAA